AUGACUGAAGCAUUAGUUGACUGGGCCAGAAGUAAUGGAGCUAUAAUUUCUCCUGGUAUUAAGUUCCAAAAAUUCAACGAAGGUUAUUAUGGAGGGAUUUAUAAUGAGCAAGAUGAAAAUACUGCCGAUUUAGAACGUCAACAUAUGAGAUUACCCGAAUCUCUCAUCAUCACUAUUAAAGAUGCCAUUACAUCAUUUAAUGGUGAUAACGGUGAUUUUCAAGAAAUUUCAAAGCAAACCACAAAUUCUAACUCAUUGAUGAAGUUAUAUUUAUGUCGUGAACGGUCAAAAGAAUUCAUUCCCAAAGCAAAAUUCAAACAUUAUAUUGAACUUUUACCUUCACUCCAACAGAUCAAUUCCCCUUAUUCAUGGCCAGCUGAAGAUAAGGCUUGUUUGAAGGGUACAAACUUGGGUAAUUCAUUGAAGGAAAGUCUUAACCUUUUGGUGGAAGAAUGGUGGCAAUUGAUCAAUCUUUUACCUCAAGAAUUACCGAAACCCCAACAGCAUUUCGUUAACAUGAAAUUUUAUUAUGAAUAUAAGUUUCAUGAAGAUAAAGAGUUGUAUGAGUAUUUCCAUAAUGAUGAUAUUGAUAACUGGACAAGUUUCCCCAAUUACUUGUGGGCGUCAUUAAUCUUGAAAUCCAGGUCAUUUCCUGCUUAUUUGAUCGAUUCCUCAUUACCUGUGGAUGCAGCUAUGUUAUUACCUGUAAUUGAUUUGUUGAACCAUAACAUGAAAGCAGAUGUUGAAUGGGGCAUCAACACAUAUAAAUCUAAGAAAUAUUUUGAUUUCAAAUCAAAUUCUGCUGUAAACGGUCAAGAAUUAUUCAAUAAUUAUGGUAGAAAAGGUAAUGAAGAAUUAUUGCUAGGAUACGGAUUUUGUAUUGAAAAUAAUGAAGCUGAUUCUGCUGCAGUAAAGAUUAAAAUUCCUUUAGAAAUGUUACCUGAUUUAGAGAAAAAAGGUAUCAAAUUACCAAAGAUUGAGGAUUAUACUAAUUCAGUCAUCAAAGAUAUAAACCCUACAAAACCACAAAAGGAAGGUUACGAACAAUAUGAGGAUGGAUUAUUAUUCUUUAUCACCAGAGAUAAUUUGCCUGAUAAUUUGAUCUUAUUGUUCCAAUGGUUAUCGAAGAAUGAAUGGGAAAACAGUUUAUCAAUAAGAAUGAAAUUAGCGGGAUUGAACCAGUUGAGAGCUGCAUUAGAUCAAAAGUUGGAAAUCAUCAAAACCAUCCAAGUUCCUACCAACAACUCUAUCAAUGCCAAUAACAUAAGAAUUUAUAUCAAUUCCCAAAAGGACAUCUUCACUAGAGCCAUCAAAGGUAUUAAGCAUAUUGAAAAGGAAAUGUUGGUCGAUGCUCAAAUCAAACCAAAUUUAAUCACCCUUAAGAAUGUUAUCAAAAAAGAUAAGAGAUUUGCCGAUUCUUUAUUGAUCUCUUUAGGGGUAACAUCUUAUGAACAAUUGAUAGAUAAUAAUUUCCAAGAUCAAACUUGGUUAUUGUACCUUAUACGUUGUCAUAACAAAAAAGAAUAUCAAGAAGAAGAAGGAAAUUUCAUUCCUGAUUGGAUUUUUGACUGCUUUGAAAGGAUUACCAAAGAACAUAAAAUAAGUGCUGAAGAAAUUUUACAAUUUCAAGAAUUAUACGAAGGUCUAAUCAUACCAUUGACUCAAACGGCACCUGAUGUGUUUGAUCGUGGAGUUUGGACAGUGGAAGAAUUGAUUUAUAGUGCUAGACUUUUAGAUACUAUUAGUUUCCUUAGAGGUAAAGAUAAAGAGUGUAUAAUAGUCAAGCCAUAA